AUGAACGAGACGGAAGAGGAUCCUGGGGCAGUUGUAAAGUUUACGCUGAUGCCGCCAAAAUUCCGCCUCCACAGAGACGUCAUUUUCAGCUUGGAUGAUCUCUUUGUUUUGCCACUCGGUUUGGAUGUGGGAAUACUUGGGAUAGCUGCGUACUUUUACACUAAAUUGCCGAAACCAGAUUCUAGUAAUGUGUACAGUAUAUUUGGUCCGGAAGCUGGCUCGAAGGAGAGUGAGAAUCACCCAGAGAGAGUUAUCAAAUGUAUAGCCCACAGAGGUGCUGGGUUGGAUGCCCCAGAGAAUACAAUGCAAGCAUUCAAAUACUGUGUCGCUAUGGAAUGUAACUUUGUUGAAAUAGAUGUGAGAACUUCUAGAGAUGGGCAGCUGGUGCUAUUACAUGAUCAGGGUCUCGAGAGACUGGCUGGAACUGACAUCGCUGAUGUAAAGGUUAUGGACUGGGAUAGCAUUAAAAAUAUUGAUAUAGGUGCUACUCACCCUAAUAGACAACAGUACAAAGAUGUAACACUGUGCUUAUUGGACGACGCCAUAGACUAUCUGCUGGCUAAUAAAGUGAAGAUGAUUAUUGAUGUCAAAGGAGAGGACAAACAGGUGAUAAAUGGUAUUCUUCGGGUCUUCUCCUCAAAUCCUGUGCUCUACGAAAAUGCAGUCGUGACCACCUUUAAUCCUUUUAUAUUAUAUCAGAUACGCAAGAAAGAUCCCAAUAUAGUUGGUGCGAUUAGCUAUCGUCCCUACUGUUUUAGUUCUAUAAACUAUGACGCGGAGAACGGACCCACCAAUCCUAGGUUCGCUGGUCGUCUCGCGAUGCACGCCCUGGUUCGAACCUUGGACUUGAUCCACUCGACGUUCUGGCGCUGGACGGCGCGGUGGUGUUCCGUCAGUGCGGUGCUUCUGCACAAGGAUAUCGUCAGCCCAAGCGAAGUACACUAUUGGCGGUCGCUAGGAGUGAGAGUCGCUGGCUGGUGCGUCAAUAGGCCGGUCGAGAAGUUGUACUGGCGCGCGGUUCUGCGAGCGCCCUAUCUUGCAAACACGCUUUGCGGGGAACCCGAGAUCGAAAAGAAGGAUUUGCGCCAUGAAGAGUAUUCUGAGCGACCUUUAGAAGAUAGAUACCUCGAGCCAGAGAAGAAACUGUCGUCUGGUCAGAAUUAG